GUGCUGAUGCGAGGCUGCAGGCCAGCGUCUCCGCCGGCGCUGCCUCUCCUGCGGCGCGGAGACAGCCCCUUGGCGUGGCUGGUGCACGCGUACGUCGAGUCCUGCAACGGCGUCCUGGGGCACGAGGCGAUGACCGCACGGCUCUCGGCGCUGGCCCAGAGCCUCGUUCGGCACGGUGCCAGCCGAGACAGCCUCCACCGCCGCAAGCACAAG